AUGCUGAUCCCAGGAGAGUCGUUGGCGUCCACCUCCGAGAAGAAGGAGCACGCGUCCUGCCUCGCCAUCUACUGCCAUGCCAACGGCGAGGAUGUCGGUAUCCUGCAUGAAGCCGGCAAGUGGAUCUCCGACCAUCUCGGCGUUCACUUCAUCAUCCCCGAGUACCCGGGCUACGGCAUGGCACCUGGUCAACCCAAUGAGCUGAGUGUGAACAGAAACAUCCGGGCAGCGUAUGAGUUUGCCGUGCACGGACUGCAAUGGGACCCUUCCCACAUCAUCUUCGUGGGGCGAUCGAUCGGGACAGGACCAGCGGUGAGGAUGGCGGCAGAAGUCCGCUGCGGGGGCUUGAUCCUCAUCAGCCCCUACACGUCCGUGAGAGACAUGGUGCGCAGACACGCAGGCUCACUCACCUCGUGGUUGACUGCCGACUUGAUCAACAUCUUCCCAUCGGAGGAGACCAUCCCCUUCGUCCGCUGCCCCCUCCUCCUCGUCCAUGGCAGCAACGACAAGGUUUCGCUUCCUUGCAUCCUCUCGAUCGGCUCAGCCUCGCAAGCAGAUCAUUCCCUCGGAGCACGCGAUGAAACUCUACACAGCUGCGCAAGUGGAGGAGAAGAAGCUGGUGAGGAGGUGGUGGAGGGCAGCGGUUGCAGAGAGGGGAAUGGCAGCGACCACGAGGACGAAGACGAGGAGGUAGAGGAGGUAGAGGUAGAUGACGAGGACAAGGAGGUACAGGACGAGGAUGACGAUUAG